AUCGAGCGAAAGCUUUAGCUUCAUGCUCAUUUUUAGUGCAAUCAUUCACGAUAGAUGUUCAAGCUGUUGAUGAUUAACCACAACAGCGCUUCUUUGUCAGUCUUCUUUCCAACGAAACGCGUUCCCCUACUUCUCCAUCUCCCUGUGUUUCUUGCUACUUCGUCCUCUCCGGUCCCAAGUGAACCAGAAAAAUCAGAUGUUGAUGAAGAUCAACACCACGGCAUGAUUAGAUUUUUCUCCAUAUGAAGGUGAAGACAUACGAUGUCUUUCUGUUAAAAUGUUCCACGCGAACUCGUUCCCUUUGUCGUGCGGAAUUUUUUUCUCAAAAUAGCUGCUCCUCUGUCGUGCGCGACAUCCGCGCCUGUGAGUGCUUGUGUUUUGCAUUUGUGUGCUCGUGAAAGAAAGAACACCAUUCAUGUGGUGAAAAAUACGCGCAACAGCACGCAGUGCGAGGGACGAGGACUCGUGGGUGGGUGAAUGAGAAUCGAUGUCUUCCAUAUGAUAUACUACUAUCAGACUGCUCCUUCGGGCAUCCGUUUUCGGUUUUUGUGCCCAACUGCAAGCUGCAGCGGCCCACCAGUGUGGCCCAGGAGGCUCUGUGCCGUAUCCACUUGAUUCUAACACGUGCCCGGUAUCUUCCAAGACCUCGGGAAGCGAGCGCCAAUCUGACUUGUCACAGCAGCCUGCUUCGCCGCGUGACGAUGUCGUGUCGCAGCGCCGUCGACCUUGCUGGAGCUAUCCCUUGGACGAAAAAACGUGCUGUGUGCCUUCUCGGGAGAAAGCAGAUGACGAAGAAAAGGAUGGCCAGAGGGCGCACUGCUUCGACGGCGCCGUGGUCACGCGUGCCCGGUGCUGUGCGCAAACGACGGAAAUGAGUCGAAGCAUUGGAGAUGAGGAUGCUCUCACAAAGCAAGAAGCCAGCAGCGGGCUGCAGUUUCAAGAUGCUCUGGCAAAGGCAAUGGACGAACAAGAAGCAAUGCCGGAAAUGAACAUCGAGAGGAGUGAAGACCUAGAAGAGCAGCGCGACCAUGGUGUCGAGGUAAACGCAGUUCCAGAGUGGCUCCGCGCAGGUAGCCGGCCUGUGAUGCUGAACAUUUUCGGCAAAAAUGAACCAAAUCCUCAUGCCCUUCAGCUCCUGUCACUUUUACCUAACGACAACGCGCUCACAGAGACAGUACAGCAUGGGUUAUGGAGUGCACAUCUGGAGAUGCUGCGCGGAGUAUUCGGCGAAAUUCUGGUGCAGUGGAAUGCAGUAUCUCUAUCUUCAAAUACGACCACGGAGGAUGUUGCUACAGAUACGCGCGGCUCGUCAACGACGACGUCUACUGAUCGUACUCACGCUCCUCCAGCCGACCACGAGCAGAGGCGCUCGGAACAAACCGAGGAGCAAGCGGGCGACGGAGUGGAAGAAUACGAAGGAAGGGCAACCGAGCUUGCACUACAGGAAUAUUUUUUUGCCUUGAGAUUCCUGUUUGGCCCCAAGGGCGUCGAGCGCACGAUUCCGCGCGGAGGAGACGAGAUGCUUAGGGCCGUACUUCUGCUCACGCGGCUGGCGAAGCGCAAGGUUGCUGCCCGUCAAGAGUUGACCGACAAAAAGCUCAAGGAUGCACUCGUAUGAACUGCAAAAGUAUCGUACUCGUAUAAAUGCAUUACAAAUUUCCUCAGCGUGAGAGAUAAAAUCUGCCAUGCUGAUUUACGUUAAGAAAAAUAUUUGUAAUGCAAGACUUGCAUUUAUACGAGUCCGAGUGCGAUACUUUUGCACAGGAUAACUCGGGGAUGAAAACGACGAUGAUGAAACUCAUCCUUUACCUGUAGCGACACCUUUAUGGAUGCGUCAGGUUUGAAAUCGUCAAAGUUGAAAUAGUUUGCCAUGCAUCAAACGGAUGCCAGCUGGUGCCUAGUUUUCAAGUGGCGCAUGACAAAUUUGGCAGAGCCGAAAUCCAGUUUGUAAUGCUGUUUGGGUAAGGAAGAGGCCUUUUGUCAUGCUAGUCCAGCAGCUCUAUUUGUACCCCUCAACAGGCUUACAAUCUGCCUCCCUUGCCUACUCUGCAAGACAGGCAUUUUGUGGGUUGCAUUUUAUGCAUCACAAACUAUUUCAACUUUGAGGAUUUCAAACCUGACGUUUCCAUAACCUUUGGAGUAUAACUUCUGGACCUCGGAUCUGAAAAGUUCUAGCCGCCCCGAGUCGCCCCGGAAGAUUUUCACUACUGGAGCGGACGACGUCGUUGCAUCAGACGAAAAGGGGCGGGACGUGCAAAGCGGGACCCAGCUUCCGAAUACUCGCGAGAAAGGGCCGACUUUACCGCUGGACCGCGUCAAUCCAGAAGAAUAUGAGCGGAGUCCGCUCUUCGUUUACGAGAAAUUACAGAAAUGCAGUCGCCACUUUGGAUGGGCCUUGGUCGAGAUCAAGUUUCGGAUCGCAGACUUCUUUUUCCAUCACAUUUUGCGAAUCAAAGCAGCGCUCGAGCUCGUAGAUCUUCAACGAAUUAAGAAUGGCACCACGUCCGGCUUGAAAGACCCAGCGCACACACCGAGAACGUUGCUGGGUGCAGGAACAGCGCGCUUCUUGCGCAAGAUGUGGGCCUCGUCGCAGGGUCCCCGUGCGCCUGUGCGCGGCGAAGACGCAGACACACACGUUGGUAUGGAGGGGAAGUGAGUGAUCUUCUAAGGUGCUGCCAGCCUUGGGUCAGUGCGGUUUUGCGGCAUUUUUGUGAUGCAAAAAGCGCACACAGCCACAAGAUCAGCAGUUCGGAGCGCAUGAAGGUUACAGGUUUUUGACGUGCCUUCUUUCUAUUGUGAUUUUACACUGCAAAAGAUAUGCGUGCAUGGCAAAAACAGGAACGCUGCACGUAGGCGAAAUACCAUCAGUGUGAGCGCGGAAGUACUGGGUGACAGAUUAGGACUUUUCCUCGGACUGGCCUCAGCGCCUGACGUCACUCGCUUCCCCUCUCUAGUUGUUUGUCUCCCUCUGGGGCUUCUGUCUACGAUGACGUCCGUAUGAGAGCGCACAAGUCCCGCCCUCCCACUUCGUUUUCUAGCAUGCGCGCCAUCUUUGCAUUCUCUGCAGUUCCCAAAACCAGUGACUUGUUAUUUCCCAUGUAUGCAUUACCGGCAUCCUAGCCCACGCUUCAGUAACCGCGGAUGCCCUCCAAAUGCCCUUCAUCAAAUGGGGGGGAUGGGAAAUUAUGCGCUUUCAUAGACCGCAGACCAGGAUCUUGAUCAGCGGGGCCUUUUUGCGAUGUUCCGACUAUACAUUUUGCCACUGUGGCUGUUCUGGCAGCGCGAUAUGGUACAGGAAAAGUUCUUGCAGUGGUUUCGAAGUUUCACCAUGUGGCUCAAGGAGGCAGAGCAAGAGCUUCACAUCGACGCGUCGCUCAGGACUGGUCGAGCAUCUCGCGGAGCAUCAACGCCACCUGUCACGCGCGCCUUGUUGCAGUCGCUUCCAGGCACUACAAAAAGAGGCGGGCGCAAACCGAGCUAUUCCCAUUUCAUGGCCCGGCUAGCAGAGAGAGACGCUUCUGCAGAAGAUGUUGUGGGUCAGGUAACGACGACGGUGCUCGAAUUUGUGGACGUACGACUCUUGCGAAUGACGAGCUUGCGAGCCUACGAUCUCUACCAACAGGCGCUAACACAACAGUGGAUGGAGAAGCAGGAGGGUCAUCAUGCACAUACAAAAUCCAUGUCGCCCUCGUCAGAUGACGCUGUUCCACCGACCACAAAUGCUUCGCCACGGAACGACGAUGGAGGUGGUGCUGACCGAAGAAUUACGAGUACUGCCAACGACGAAAGCAAGACGAACGCACGAAUGCCGCCACCUCACAGCAAUGACAGGAGUGCGUCAUCGCUUUCGGUUGCCGUAUGCAUCUCAGGGGGUGUGAGGGGAUUCACGCAAAAGCCAGUGUAUGAAAGUAUUCGCGACGCACUGACAAGUUUGAAGGCGAAAAAGGUGCGUAUGCAUUGCAAAUCCGUCUGGGUAGGGAAAAAAGCUGGAUAUUUCGUAUUUGUAAUUCCGCGCGUCGUGUAUCACUUCGACGCAUGCCGUGCGUGAGUACCAAAAGGCGACGCAUUUUGUACAUGGCUACGAAAUAAGGCUUACUCGUCAUGUUGAACACAGAAAAUUGGCCGGGCAUUAGCAAUCAUGGGAUGCGUCCGCUUAUUGCAAUCUAGCUAAGCCAGUCCGGCAUGACAGGUCCUGUAUUUUGCCAGCCCGCGAGGACCUCGACAUGUUUGCAAUGAAUAGUGUGGGUUUUCUAUCAAUUUGACUUGUCCCGGGUCACGAAGCUGGGCAUUGGUGAUCAGUUCGACAACAGGCAUCACAGCUCCAGCAGCGAGCAGAAGGAGGAGCAGCUCCGCGACCGCAUCAAUAACAGUGAGCAGGAGGAUCUGGAUCGUGCGAUGCGUGCUGUGGAAGAGGAGCGCCAUGGCGAGGACGAGCGAAAUUCUGGAGUAAUCAGUGUGGACGUCCAAACGGCCUCGGUCGAGGCGCUUUCUUCCUCGUCGUGGACGGCAACCGCCUUUCAGCAAAUCGACAACGACACAAAAAACAAGUGUCUCUCUGACCAAAUCACUUGUCCAAUCAUGGGGUUGCAGCGAGAUUUCUGCAGGCGCAGCAUUCACGAGUACGAGCGGCAAGUAGAAAACGUGAGCCGCGGCCCGACUAGUGUUUCUGCUGUGAACGACGAGGCGGAAACGAAAAGAACCGAUGCUGAAGCAACAGGACUACAACUUUCCCGUAGAAGCGAAUUCGAUUGGGUGCUUUUCACACGCCCCGACCUGUUCCUGCAGCCUCUUGGCGACUUGCGCCGCUUUGACCCGGCCUUCAUUCAUGCUCCGACCAACACACUUUGGGGGUGUAUCAGCUGCAAACUUGCACUUGUGCCAAGGAAGUUUCUCGACCUGUACGUAGAUUCCUAUCGUCUUGGUGGGGAUCAGCAAAACGCAUUCGCCUGCUAUCCGCGAAAAUCGGAGACCGUCACGGAAACUUUUGCCGGGCGGCGAGGAACAGAUUGUGGCUGUACACUGUGGAAGGCCCUGCGCACCUGUAAGGCUGGCGGGCGGGAGCAACUACUCAGCAAAAGCGCCGCGCCGAUGUCGAAGGACCGCGAGCACGAACAGGAUUACACUUGGCACACGCAGAAACAAGCGGAGGCAACGCGAAGUGAUUUUGCAAAAAACCAGAAUAACGAACCGACAGGACCAGCAGCCGCACUUCUGUCGGACGAGUCGCAGACGGUGUGCGGAAACCCUGACGCAAUCAAGGUGCCAAAGUAUAGACCACCUGUAGCAGACGAUGCAGAGGAGAAGGAGCUGCAGACUUCCGCGUCUAUCCUCGACCCGCCGCUCUUGAUGCCGGUCGAGCAAGCGAUGACGGCAACUGUCACUCGGGGAGGGCUAUGGCGUCCUGACUGGAAUGCUAAUAUGGCGUGGUUUCGCUAGCGUAUCAGUCGAGGUCGGUCUUUGGCAUUCGUCUAGCACGACGUCGACGCCCUGUGUCUGAAAAGUUGUGAGCUCAGGCCUCAGGGACUCCAUUUUCAUCACGGCGCGAUCUCGCAAAUCGCAGUGCUCCUGCACGACAUUGUUCUUUAUGCAUGAUAUUGCUCAUCUACUUUCUGUAUGACCAUAUAAACAAACUCCUGCUUCGCAGCUUCUAACAAU